AUGUCUCACACUUCUAGAUACAAUUUUCAUAUUUUAGGAGAAGGUGACGACCACAAUGAUGGUGGUGCUCCUAACUUGCAAAUGCAAGCCAUAACACGAGAGUUAACAGAUUCACCCACUUCCGUCACGGAAAAAUCGAUUUCCAUUGUUCCUAUCUUGGAGAACAAAAUUGUGGUUAAGAAUGUAGAGCUAGAUCAAACUUUGAAGGAGAUGGAAAGUCUGAGGGAUGAAAAUGAGGCGUUGAAAACGAAGGAUGAUGAAAUUAAGGGGGAGGAUUAUGGAACGAUAACUUUAGGAGAAAUUCGUUGUUACCAGUGUUUGGGAAGAGGACACAUUCUGAGCCAAUGCCCUAACUGUAGCAUUGUAAUUCCUAAAGCCAAAGGCGGAGUUAUCACCAAGGAUGGUAAAAAAAAGGAGAGACGUGAAGCAACAAUAUUAUCAACCGAAGAAAGUAGGAAAAACAGAGCUACCAUUUUCUCUCGAUCCAAACAAUACACAGCAAAGAAAACACAAAAUCAGCCAUUGAAAUUCGCAUUACAUAAUCUGACCCAGAAAAGAUGUCAAGAGUUUCCAGACCGUAUCACUGAAGAAAUCUUACUGGAGAUCUUCUACAGACUUCCAGCCAAAUCCCUGGGGAAAUGCAUGUGCGUUUCCAAAGCCUGGAAUUUUCUCAUCAAGAACCCAUUCUUCAUUUCCAGCCAUGCCAGCCAUCACUCAAAGCUUCGUUUCAGGAACAACAACAACAACGCAAAUCUCUUCUUUGUCAUGACUGCCCGCCAUCAAGCGGAAUACUCGUUGCACUUCGAUGACCGUGAAUUCAGUAACUACACCCAGUUAGAAUACAUGCCAUUUGAUAACCAUCACUUUAUUGUUGGUUCUUGCAAUGGGCUGCUCUGUUUGAUGGACUUUCAGUUUAGUUUCGAUAUCGUCUUCACCCUCUGCAACCCAAUUAUUAUAAAGUCUAUUACGCUCCCAAAACCAUGUUUGCGUCACUUGCCGUAUAAAAUUUCCGUUGGGUUUGGGUUUGAUUCUGUGAAAAAAGACUAUAAACUUCUGAAAAUCACCAAGGAAAAUGUAUUGGACAAGUUUGUUGAGGCCGAGCUUUACUCUUUCAAAAGGUAUUCUUGGCGAAUUUUAGCUCCGCUAAGAUAUGGUCUUUAUUCUGAUGAUUUCAUGGUUUUUGCGAAUGGAAUUGUUCAUUGGCUUGCUUAUGAAAGACUGGAAGAUCAAGGGGUUUAUAGAUGUAAGUAUUUUAUUAUGGGGUUUGAUAUGAGGGAUGAUGAUUUCAAAGAGAUUAUGUUGCCUGGGAAUUUGGGGAAUUUGCCAAACCAGUCGGAGAUAUAUGUAAUUCCAUAUGAAGAAUUGCCAUCAAUUGCUGUGAUUGAGUUGGGGUGUUUACAUACUCGGUGUAAUAUAUUGGUGAUGAAGAAAUAUUGUGUUGUAGAAACUUGGACUAAGAUGUUCAGAAUUGCGAAUCCAGGCCCUGAGCCAAUGCCAAGGGUUCUGGGGUUUAUGAAAAAUGGGAAUUUGAUAUUGGGAGCUUAUGAUAAUCUGCAACUGGUUUCCCUUGAUCCUGAGAGAAGUGAACUUGGCUAUUUUGGGAUACUAUUUUAUGUUUCUACUUUCAUGGAGAGCCUGGUGUUGGUUGAUCAAGUAAAUGGAGAUGAUAAGGUUGAGAAUGAUGUGAGGUCUGCGAGUAAUGUUAAUCAUUCAAUUGAAAGGGCAGCUGAUGGUUUUACCAAACUUGCUGUCAAUGAAGCAACCAAUGAUUCGAACGAUGUCUAAGAAUUGAGAAGCAAUGGACUCUUUUGAGUAUGGGAGAAUGAUUACAGCUUAUCAC